AAGAAAGGUGAAUUUAUUCGCCAUUUCUUUAUCUUCAAGUUUCGGAGGAUCUUCUCCACGCAAAACCAGAGGAGUGCACGUUCUCAGAAUCUUUACCCAAGAACUUGUCCGACAUUCUCAUUUUUCCGUAGUUUUUAAGUUUCCUUUUUGUUUUUUUCUUUUUUUUGGGUUCCCUUUUUUAUGUUUUGGCUGGCAGCUGUUACCGUAAUCUGUAAUCAUGGCGCAGACCAACUGGGAAGCCGAUAAAAUGAUUUUUCAUGAGGUUGGAUGUUUAUAUACAUGACUAUCUCUUGAAGAGGAAAUUACAUGCUUCUGCAAAGGCAUUUCAAGCUGAAGCAAAAGUAUCUACUGAUCCCGUAGCUAUUGAUGCGCCUGGUGGCUUUCUAUUUGAGUGGUGGUCUGUCUUUUGGGACAUAUUCAUUGCCAGGACAAAUGAGAAGCACUCUGAAGUUGCUGCAUCUUACAUUGAGACUCAAAUGAUGAAGGCUAGAGAACUGCAGCAGAACCAACAACAACAGCAUCAGAAGCCUCAGCAGAUUCAGAUGCAGCAGCUGUUGCUGCAGAGGCAGGCUCAGCAACAGCAGCAACAGCAGCAGCGUAGGGAAGGGUCCCAGAUACUUAAUGCAACUGCAAAUGAGCUUGUUGGCAAUGAUCCUCUUAUGAGACAGAGCCCUGCAACAAAGAUGUAUGAGGAUACCUUUAAGCUUCCACUCCAGAGGGAUUCCAUGGAUGAUGCAGCCAUGAAGCAAAGGUUAGGCGACAACGUGAGCCAGCUGCUAGACCCUAAUCAAGCCUUAAUGUUAAAAGCACCUGCUGUUGGUAGCCAGCCCUCAGGGCAAACACUGCAUGCUAUAUCUGGAAACAUGCCUGGAAACUUUCAGCAAGUUCAAAAUCGGGGCCAGCAACUUCAAGUGCCCUCACAGGAUUUAAAGAGCGAUAUUAAUUCAAUGGUGAAUUCUAGGCUCGCUGGUGCAGAGGGAUCAUUUAUUGGUGCUCAUGGGUCAAAUCAAGCUGGUGGGAAUUUGACUCUGAAAGGAUGGCCAUUAACUGGUCUUGAUCAACUUCGGUCUGGGUUUCUUCAGCAGCAGAAAUCUUUGAUUCAGUCCUCUCAGCCCUUCAAUCAACUGCAACUGCAGCAACAGCUAUUGCUUCAAGCAUCACCUGCUGCCAAUGACUCAGAAAGCAGAAAACUAAGGAUGCUUCUUAACAAUCGGAAUAUGGGUCUUGGGAAGGAUGCUCCAUUAAAUCCUGUUAGUGAUGUGGUCCCAAAUGUUGGAUCACCCUUGCAUGUUGGCUGUCCUGUGUUACCUCGUGGGGACCCUGAUAUGCUAAUGAAGUUACAGCAGCAACAACUGCGGAACAACAAUCAACAACAAUUUGUUCAACAUCCACUUUCUAGCCAACAGUCUCAGAAUUCCAGUCAACAUCUUCAGCAGCAAGAUAAAAUGAUUGGUGCCUGCAGUAUGACAAUGGAAGGGAGCAUGUCUAAUGUUUUUCACGGAAAUGAUCAGGCUUCCAAAAAUCAAGUGGGUCGAAAAAGGAAGCAGCCAGGUUCAUCUUCAGGUCCUGCUAAUAGCUCAGGAACUGCAAAUACUACUGGACCAUCACCAAGUUCACCAUCGUCACCUUCUACUCACACACCUGGAGAUGCUAUCUCAAUGCCCACUUUGCCACAUAAUGGCGGUUCCUCUAAGUCUUUACUUAUGUUUGGUUCUGAUGGUUUGAAUUCCCUUACAUCAGCUCCAAAUCAAUUGGUUAUCUACAACCCCUUGUUAAUCUUUUAAUAUAUUUUAUUUGGAAUGAUGUGAUUUACAUUUUUUUUUCAUUAAUCUUUUUCUAGCAAGCACAUAACCCAAAAUGAAUUGGUAAAUGACAU